CUCACAGGCGGAAUUUACAAACAAAGCCUAAAAACACAACCGGCUGUGCGCAAAUUAGCAAAAAAUCAAUUACUAGUUGUGAAAUAAGCAUAACUGGUGACUAAUAGUGAUAUAUUAGGGCUCUACAAGAAAUAAUAAUUCAGAAAAAGCAUAACAAUGGCAGAUCCUCGCAUUCGCCAAUUGGUAAUCAAAACGGGUGUUAUUAAGCGGCUGACCAAGGAGAAAACUGUUUAUGAGAAGGAAGUGAACAUCGAAAUAGCUCGGUUAAAUAAAUUUAAAACAGAUGGCGCUGAUGACCAUGUGCUGCGCAAGCAGCAGGAGGUAAUACAGGAGUGCCAAAUGAUGAUCCCAGACUCCAAGCGACGAUUGGAGAAGGAACUCGAAGUGCUGCAAAAGUAUCUGGAUGAUGAGCAGGAUCUCAAGGAUUCAGAGACCUACACAAAGGCAUUGGAGGUGCUUACCGAAGCCAAAUCUGUAUUAGAAGCUUAAGCCAGCAACUGGUCGUUCCCCAUUAAUAGGCUUUUCCUAUAUUUUAAGCACUCUUUCUCAAAACAUGUAUUUACGUUAACCAACACUAGACACA